GUUUAAGUCUGAGUGGUGAGUAUGCUUAUGAUUUUGGUUUUGUGUAUGUGUGUGUUGUGAGUAUUAAAGUAAUAAUUGUUACUGUAUUCUGCUUUAUUAUAUCCUAACACAGCCGGAUGUCCUCUUUAACUUGUAAACACCAAAUUGAAAAGGCCUCCAGGGGCAGUACUACAGAUAAAACUCCACCCAACUUGACCCGCAGAGAUGAAGAGUUAUUUAUUACUUCAUUUUCAUUACCCACUCAUUAUAGUCCAAGCAUAGCAGAGGAAUUAUCGAACUCUUUACCAGAGAAUUAUACCAUCGAUCACACUAAAGUUUCUAUGGCAAGUUCUAGAACAGAUGAUAGAUAUCGUGACCGAAAAGAUCCACAUAAAUGUAAUGAUCGUGGCAAGAUAUAUAAGCAUCGAAAUUAUCUCACAAAGCAUCAAUGGGAGAUUGUAUCCAAAUUCUUGCUGACAAAACAUCAGCAAGUUGAAAUGCUUGAAGCAGCAAUUAUUCUUAUGAACUUGGAUAAGAAAAAUAACUAUUGGUUUAGAAAAUCAAACACUAAAGAAGAAUCAGACAUUGAUAUUGAAAUAGAUGAUAUCUGAAUGGUUUAUUAAGAAAGAUGAUAAAUGGUUUUUUAUGUAUCCAAAGAUACAAUGAAUACUGAUUUUAAUAAACAAUGAAUAUUUAACAAUAAGGUGUCUCUCUCUCUUUCUGUGUAAGUGUGUACAACCUUUCUGUAUUAAGUUAAAAUCAUUUUCAUAUUUUCAUAAUACAUCAACAUGGGAUUUUCUCCGCUUUUUGUUGUUGUGCGUUCAAUAUCACCAUAUCGUU